GGUUGAAGUUUACUGGAUAUCGGAAACGAUUAGUGGAGUGCGGACCAGUGGAAUACCAAUAGAUGAGAUGGAUCAAGCACCGUAAAGUGAUGGUGCCGCACACCUGACAUGGAAUGACGCUGGACUUUUUUGAGCAGAAAAUAAAUCAGGGCUGUUUUUGACUAUGGCGACGAUGGAGGAGGAGUCAAGUCCCAGUGUCACUCCUACUGAUACCGCAGGCUCCGCCUCUAGUCCUCAGAGUGACGCCGUAACCAAUGAGCUGCAAGAACUGUCUCUUCAGCCCGCCCCCAACUUGCUUCCCAUUCGUGAGCGGAAGAACGUUCUCCAACUCAAACUUCAGCAGAGGCGCACUCGAGAAGAGCUGGUUAACCAGGGGAUCAUGCCACCGCUGAAAAGUUCUGCAUCUUUUCAUGAGCAGAGGCGAAGUUUAGAACGAGCUCGGACUGAAGACUACCUGAAGAGAAAGAUCCGCAGCCGUCCCGAGAGGUCCGAGCUGGUCAGGAUGCACAUUCUUGAAGAGACAUCAGCUGAGCCGUCUCUACAAGCCAAGCAGCUUCUGCUAAAACGAGCUCGUCUAGCCGACGAUCUGAACGAUAAAAUCUCCCAGCGGCCCGGACCGAUGGAGCUCAUUCACAAAAACAUCCUUCCAGUUCACAGCAGUCUCAAACAAGCCAUCAUAGAGACAGAGUUUUCAAAAGUAGAAGCGGAGAGCUCUUCGUUUGACGAGGAAAGCAGUGACGCGUUCUCACCCGAGCAGAGCCUUCGCCAGGACUCUCCCCUCGGCCCAGGACACUUACCGUCUCCACCGGAGAUACCGGCCAAUGAAACCACACCAAAACAGGCCCCGCCCCCUCCUGCUCCUCCUCCUCCUCCUCCACUGCUGCCAAACCCAGCUGGCCCCGCCCCUCAGCAGAAACUAACCAAUGGAACGACAGGCCACAAGCAAGCUCCUGCACUACAAAAGGGUGGUAAAGUGGGUAGUGAGCGCCCUGCUCAGAGAUCUAAGAAGGUAAGGGACAACAAACCCAAGGUGAAGAAGCUGAAGUAUCACCAGUAUGUUCCUCCAGACCAGAAACCUGAGCGUGAGCCUCCACCUCUGCUCGACUCCUCCUACGCCAAACUCCUCUAUCAACAGCAGCUCUUUCUCCAGCUGCAGAUCAUCAACCAACAGCAGCAGAACUACAACUACCACACCAUCCUGCCUGCUCCACCCAAGCCUCCUGCUGAUCAGCAGCCUGCCUUGGCCAAUGGCCCGUCGUCAUCCAAAAAUGACACGCCCCCUCAGUCAACAUCCACUAAUCAGCAGACCACUGCGAUCGGAGGCGGACUCAAAAUAGCACCCCUGCCUUCCAACCUGGAUGAGCUGAAGGUGGCAGAGCUGAAGCAGGAGUUAAAAGUGCGGGGCUUAACCGUCUCCGGCACCAAAAACGACCUUAUUGAGCGGCUGAAGAAUUUUCACGAGCAGAACGGUGGCACCAACACACCGACAACAUCUAAAACCAGCACACCACCAGCCCCUGUAGUGGGAGGGGUCUCUUCCUCCACCCAAUCAGCAGACAGGAGCCUGGGGGUUGCUUCCUUCCCAUUCGCUGCUGCUGCUGCAGAAAGGGGCGGUGCUCCAAUAAUGCAGUUUGGCAGCACUAGCUCCUCCCCUCCGGUUUCCCCUGCCCACUCGGAGCGCUCAUCGACUGGAAUGAGCCCAGAUGAAACCAGCUGUAAUGGAGAUGCUUUUGGGGAAAUGGUGACCUCUCCUCUUACCCAGCUCUCCUUGCAACCUUCUCCUCCUCUCCCUUCCACGAUCUGCAUUAAAGAGGAGCCCGGCAGCCGGACAUCUCCGUCCUCCUGCUGUCUGCUGUCCGGGUCUGCGGCGCCCCCUAUAGACAAGGACCAGAUGCUCCAGGAGAAGGACCGACGCAUUCAGGAGCUCACCCGCAUGCUGCUACAGAAACAGCAGCUGGUCGAAUCUCUGCGCUCGCAGCUGAAGGGCAAGCGCGUGGCGCUUCCUGGAGUCAGCAUGGAUGCGAUCAGAGCCACUCUUAAGGAGGAGGUCAUAGAGGUGAUGGAGGAGAGCGAGAUGGUGACAGAGCCCAGGUAGCUGGAGCAGGAACAGCUCAUAAUGCAAGAGAACCAGCGCAACCUGCAGCAACAAGUACAUCAGAGGAAGAGGAAGACACAAAAACAACAGCACAACCAACAAAAACAAUUGCCUCAAGCACUUACCAAGCAGCAGUCAAGUCCUGUUUCUUCAUUCCCGGUGGAUGUACUCAACUCAAACUCCACCCCCACCAUAGUGACCGACAGCAACGGCAACCAGUUCCUGCUAACACUGUCCAAUCAAAACACAGAGGCACCAGCCAGAGGCCGCCGCACCCAGGGCAAAAGACUGCAGUCUGCACCCACCGUGUUUCCCAACCAAUCAGUGACUGAAUUCCUUAACAAAAACAACCAAUCAGAACAGCCCGUACAAACCGUCAUUUUAAAACAGCCAAUCAAAAAGGCACUAAAGCCAGACCUAAAUGUGACGACCAAUUAUAAAGCAUCAAGCUGCACAUCCAUCUCAUCACCAGCCAAUAUCCAACCGUUCUUCUCUCCGGUGGAUUCUACGAACACCACCGAACCCGUCCCCUCAUCUCCCAACAACAACAACAACAACGAGAAUGGCUGCCAUCAGCAGGUUGAUGACCUGUUUGACAUCCUAAUUCAGCGUGGAGAAAUCUCAGAGAACUUUAAAGCAGCACCGGAUCCUGUUCUCGAAAGGCUUCGGCCGAACACGCCCCUUUCCUCAAGCUCCUCCCCUCUCAGUCUUUCCCGUCCUCCUGAUACGUCCCUCAAAACUUUAAUUUUAGAACCUCAACUUCCUUCAAUUAAGACGCACAGCAACUGUGGCACAGGAGGUGGGCGUCUUGAAGAUUUCCUGGAAAGCACUACUGGCAAACCUUUGCUGGGAGUGGAGCCAGGAGGACCGACGACGCUAAUUGUUGACCUCCACAACCAAAUGCUCAGCACGGCGAGUAUCCUAGACCACCCACGUUCCCCGAUGGAUACAUGUGACAUGAGUUUCUCCAGUCACUCCCCUUCAGAUUUGAUAGACUCCGGCCCCGAUCCCAUGGAUUGGCUGGAGCUCGGAGUGGGUGGGACUGGAGGGGAGGGGCAUGGGAUGGUUCAUAUUAAUGAACACAACUCCUCUAGCUUAUUUUCCACAGACUUUCUGGACACUUGUGAUCUGAAUUGGUCUAGCUUAUAGCUCAUGGGAUACUGUAUCACAGACUGCUAUAUUUUUGGAAAGGGCCUAGUGUGGAUUAGCUUCCUUCACAUAGUACAGUUUAUAUUUGUUUCCACCACUUUUCCAGUUUGGAUUUGAGUACGGCUUUUCAAAAUACUAACUUGAAUUGGAUUUUGGUACAUAUUGACUGACUUUUAUCCUUCAUCUUUGCUUGCAAAAGUGUGCUCCCACCGCUGAUAGCAUGCAUAUGUCACAGAGGCGUCUAUGUUUGGUUUUGAUCUGGGUGUCUUUUGUUCAUCUGAAAUCUUUUCAAUUUAGAUAUUAGAACAACAUAUCUUUUGUGUUUUAAUCAUUUGAAAUACACAAAUUGCUCUAACAUUGAUGACAAGAUGCUUUCUAGAUGAUGGAGUCUUUAAACUUAUGGAAAUAUCUAAAGGUACAAGCAACAUACCCUGAUUUUGCAUCAGUUUUAGCACAUUAAUUCACUAAGUGCAGAUUUUGGGGUUAAUUCACCUUUAAAUGUUUCUUUGGCAUUAAACAAAUAGCUUUUCAGAUUUUUACCUGCUUUACCAAAUAUAACUGCUAGACUUAUGCAUAACUCUUUGAAAUAUACACUUGAAUUUUACUAUUUAUAGUAUUGAACCGUUGUUGCUAAAACGUUUAUAGCAUAAGCCAACAGAUUUUGUAACAUUUUCUUAGCAUUGACAUUCAUGUUACCAUGAGCGUAUUAAUAAUAAUCAAGUUUAAAAUUUGAUAUUAUUAAUCAAUAGUACUUAACGCAGUUUGAAUUCAGUUAGAUCUUUGUUAAACAAGAGACAGGUACACGUAUCUACAGCUACUAAUGUUUAACAUUCUGUAGAUGUGCCAAACAUAUUAUUUUAUGGCUAUAUUAACAGCCAGUAAUUAUAACACAAAAAUUGGAUUAUGCUACUUCAGCUUUGUUUUUUGUUUUUGUUAUUUUCAUCAUGGAAUGACAAGCCAUUCAAACCUUGUUUUUGUAAGCAUUUGCUAGCGUCGCAACCUGAUGAGAGCUGCCAGAUGAAGUUUAAUUGUGUAGUUAAUAGUACAAGAUUAAACAAUUCCCAGAGUGCUUGACAGUUGAGAUUAUGACUCCGAUCUAAUAGCCUUGUGUUACUUCCCAUCCUUGCCAGGUUUACGCAACCAGUCUUCACCAAAGCAAAGAGGUAUUAGAGUUUCAGAUUUGUUAGAUCUGGUGAAUAUUUGGUUCGGACCGUGCAUGCUAUAUACUGUAUAAGACACAGAGAGUUCUGGGAAAUUACUUGCGAAAAUAUUGCCCGUAUAUCUGAAUGUGGACUUUUGAACAUUUUACUGUAUAUAUUCUGCAUUGUAUAUAAACUAAAAUGUUGUAUAUGCCUAUCACAGUACACAGCGUACUGUAUGUACUGCACUGUAUUUUAUCAAUACUUCUGUCUGUAGGCUGAAGUUAUGAUGAAGACUUAUGAGCCUAUAAGAGAUAAUGAAUGUUUCGAAGAUGAUCUGAAUGUAUAGUUUUUAGUGUAUAAAAGAUUAGAAGAUGUACACAAGACAUAAUCGCAUUUAAUCAAUACGGAACAUUCAAAUUUCAAGGACCCUCAAAGAAAUGUGUAUAUUAUUAUUGUUAUUUUCUGCAUUGCUUUAAUGUGCAUUUUUCGGUGCUUGUUGGUGCAUUUUUCGGUGCAUAUUGUACAUGAGCUCAGGAAUGAAUUGUGCUUUGUGUGAGUGAGGGAGAGAGUGUGUGUGUGUGUGUGUGUGUGAGUGUGUGACGUCAUUUAGGGGAACAGCAUUACUGUCCGCAGUAUUCACGCUCUCCAUCUGUUUGAAUUUGCACUUACAGAGUUUUGGCUGGUGCUUCCUGUUGCCCAAAUUGAACUUCAUAUCCACAUGAUCUCCAGUCCACCUGCUGUAUGCUGGAGAAUCAAACUCCUCAAUUCUUUAUUGGCUGAAUGUAUUCAUUUGUGGGGCUUCUGAGCCUCUCAGGGCUUAAUGUCUUUUAAUUUUUUUUUUUUUUUCAAAAAUAAAAAAAAAAUCUAAAUGUUACAGAUAAAAAUAAAUGCUCUUUGUGCUAUCCAGAGGGGAAAUUGCAGUUUUAGUUUGACUAGUGCUUGGAAUCAUGAUUUUCCGAACAUGCUGAUAGACAUAACCCUAAACUAAUGUUUUAAUUAAACUAAUGUAGUUUCAGAAGACCUCAAAUGUAUGGCACAAGUCGCAUGGGCAACUUUUAUUGUGCUUUUUUUUUUGUCAUUUUGAAGCUUGACAGCCUGACUUGGUAUUAUAUAUUUUUCCAAACAUGUCUAAUGUAUAUAGUAGGCCUUAUAGGGACAGUUCACCCAAAAAUGAGCAAGUGAAUAAUGAUUUCAGCACAAAGACAUUUUAUAGUUUCUGAAAACUUCAACUGUAUGGAAUAAUUCACAUGGACAACUUUUAUUGUGCUUUUUUGUAAUUUUGGAGCUUGACAGCCCGACUUUCAUUAAUAUUUGUAUAACAUUAACAUUUCUUUUUAAGGUCACUUGGAAAGUCAUCGUGUUUGACUUGAGGGGCUUUCGCACCAAAGGAACCUUUUCAUAGUUCCCACUUUUUGGUGUGUUUGUACCACAGGAGAUAGGGACAUAGUCUGUUCAGUUCUGGGAACUUAGUUUGAGGGAACUAGAUUAGCUCCUACUUAGGGUAGGGUCUAAAACGGUCUAUACCAUCUAUCAGUGACAUAAGUGUAUGCUAAUUGGCCGAAGAGAUGUGAAACACUGGCUACCUGGCAUUUUUAAAAAGCUAUGUAAAUAUAUUUACUCCACAAACAUGGAAAAUGCUGAGAACUGAAUUCACCUGUUGUCUGCAGCGUUUUGUUCUUUUCUCAACACCUCAAGUCGUAGGAGAUUCAGUCGUUUUUGUAAAGCAUGUGUUAAUAUCUUCGUUAUCACAAAACUCAUGACACACAACAAAAACGGCUCUAAUCGCCAUGUCCUCCAUUCACUGGUUCAUAGAAAUCCAAAGAUGGUUCACUUCUAUACUUAUCAAACUGCAACGUGCAAUAGUCCCGCCUUUUACAUAAAAGAGCCGAUCGUGUUGCAAAUAUGGCCGGCGAGUGAACAUACUUUAACAGGGCAAAUAAUAUCUGCCGUUUCUGGGCUGCGAAUGCAGCUAGGAAAUUAGUUCCUAGAACUACGUGCUGUGAAGGUCCCUACUUGAUAUAACCCUGCUAUUCUAUUGUUUUUUUUUGUUGCUGUUUUUUGUAUUUUAUUGGUAUUAUCUACAGUUCUAUGAAGACCUUUUAACAUCCAUGGAUCUUUUUCGUUGAAAUAAAGGUUGUUUAAAGUGGAAACGUUCUUCAAAAAUUUUUUACAAUUCUUUAAUAAAGUUAAAAGGUUUUUUUAACCGUUCCCUUUAAGGUUCUUUGGGUAAGCAAAAAUGGUUCUUUGGCAUUGCUCUGAAAACCUUUAUUAUUAAGAAUGUAGUCCAGUUUUGAACAUCCGAGCUAAGCAUUUUUUUGUGCAUACUGUUUCUAUAAGACCCUCUCGAUUCUGAUAAUGCAAUUAUUAUUUGCAUAAUUUAUUAUUGAAUUUAUUUCAUUACAUUUAUGAGGGGCAAGUGUGAAAACAGACUGUCAUCUGCAAAAAUUACUUGAUUUCACCCACGUUCAAUAAACCGUGCUUCCAGGCUGCUGGUUAAAUUAGAUGGCUUGCGCGUGAUAAUAAAUUCAUAACUUUCCUCUGGCAAGAUCGGUGUAAUGCACCUCCCCUGCUUGCAAAAUACUAAUUCACACACCGUGUCAAAUGCAAACCCUACCUCACCCUUCGAUGAACCCAUUAGAGAGCGUCUUGACCCUAGUUUGAGCGAUAGUCGGGAAUAAAUCACCGGGUGUCUUCCAGAGCUCUCCGGUUCUAACAGAACAGUCUGUUCCCAUGUUCCCCACCCUCCUCGAUGACAUCAUUGCUCCUGUCCCGUGUGUUUUCCUCCUGGCUGAGUGUUUCGGUGUCCAUUCAUCACAUGCUUUAAUCAAUUUACCGAGAUGCAGAAAUCUAUCCCCUGUAAUGGACUGCUGACCCAACCUCUUUCCCAGACAGCCUCUCUCUUAACAACCCGAAUUAAUUAAAUGAUGGCUCGUGCAGACGGAAGGGCUUGUCAUUGUAUUGCUCAAUUGAUACAGCAUCAUAUGUAAUUUAUUCAACGCAACAACGUGAUUUCGCCGAGCGGGUCGAAGCCUGAUGGACGAAGGGGUCUCGUGUCCCUUCAUUAUCAGUGCGGGUUUCUCCUCAGCUGCUGACCUGUUUCAUUAGUGUUUCCUCGAGACGUUUAAACCUAAGGUCAUUUAUUAAGGGUGCUUGCAGACUAAAGGAAGCUUUCGAUGUAUGUGAUUGUGCAAGACAUGUUUUGAGGAUAUAGAAAUGCUUGGCCAGUUAGAAGUAAAGCUGGAUUGUAAGCAAGGAUAGCAAAAAAAAAGUAAACUGCAAUAUUAUACCCAAAACAUCUUGCAGUGGACUACCAGUAAAAUUGUUUUUAAAUUAAAACAUUAUGCAGACACGUUGA